AUGGCCGCUAGAGGCUUAAAAGUAGCAGAUUCGAUCUCUACUCCCAAUGCCACUUCAAAGGCCACUGCAUUGAGUACCGCUGCCAGCAAAUAUGCUACACCCACCACUACUCCUACUACUACCAUCAACACCACUGCUACGACGCAAACUGCCCCUACUACUCCCAAAACUGCUUGGGUUCAAAUUGUUAAGCGUCCCGCCCCUAAGAAACUAACUGAGCGUAAGCUUAAGGCCACUGUAAGGGCUUUCAGCCAAUAUGAUCCUACUGCCCCACAAGGCUACUCCUACGUGUACAUACCUCGAGCUCGUAAAAUCAACCGUAGUGAAAUUCGCCACCGCCUCAGUACCAUUGGCAUUGACACUGGUCAUAUUACUCUACCUGCCCACCGUGUGAUUGGCCUCUUGGUACACAACGACUUUACUACCGAUCUCUCAAACCACCUCAAGGCCUGUAAAGUUGUUCCUUUGGAACACUUUGACCCUUUGGAUGAAAAGCAUAUUGCUAAUCCUGCUAUGACCAAUGCUUCUGCCACUGACCGCACUCGUUUCGCUAAAGCCCUACAACAAGACCGUUGUAUCCGUGCCCUACGAUAUGUACGGGCUUACCUGGUACCCAGUGUUGCCCGUUUUUUUGUUGACCAAGGUUGGAUCGCUGAUUCCAUUGCCAAGGAGAUUGUUGCGGAGAGAAACCCCCGACCAUUGAAACGUACCCGUGAUAUUGGCUCUUCUUCUACUACUGCUGCCGCUUUCUUGACCUCGUUAGGUUUUGUCACCGGUGAUUCUGAGAUGAUUGAAGCUGAUAAGCUCGUCGUCAUCGGCUGCUCCCCGCUUAUAGGGGGCACCACAAACACCACCAACAAUCAUCUGACAUUGUCCAUCGGUCUUUGGAACGCCAAUGGUUUGCAACAAACAACUGUUGCCGAUGUCCUCUCUCACUGCAGUUCCAUGUCUCUUCUCUUAGUUACUGAAUCCUGGAUUCUUUCCCCCUCUCGUCUCCCUACUUCCUGGCAUCAAUUUCAUACCUAUGGUAAACCUGUCCAGGGCGGUUAUCGUGGUUCUCAAGGUAUUGUUGCCCUCGUCAAUCCGAAUUGCCCCGUUCCUGUCAGCCAUUUAAGCAGCCCUUCACCCUAUGCUCUCUCUCUCAAUUUUGGUCCUUUUAGACUAGCUUGUUUCUAUUUUCCACCGAAUCUCCCCUUGGAUGAGGUGAUUGCUACUCUUGACAAGGUGCCACUCCAUAAAAAUACCAUUCUAUGUGGUGAUUUUAAUGCAAGGUUUGGUCGUAUAACUGGCGACACAUCUGCAUCGGGUACUUUCGAAACUAAUACUCGGGGUACGGCUCUCAAGGCUUGGUUUUAA